AGUCCCCGCCUGUCCCGUAGCGUGGUGCUCACAGGCUGGGCUCACACUCAAAACUUCGCCCGCUUCAGAUUCAGGACGCGUGCGCACACGCUCGACUGCUGUGGGCGGGCACUAGAGCGGGGCGGGGCCAGAAUGGACGGGGCUGCGGGGGCGCUGCGGGGGCGGGGGCGGGGCGAGGCGGAGGGCGCGCGGUCUUGGGGAGGGUCCCGGGCGCGCGGCGCGCCGGAGCCAGGGGCUCUACGUGGGUGCGCCGGCGACUCUGGUGCGCUGGGGCCCGGCUGGGGUGGCGAGCGCUCCCUCAGCCGCGGGUCGGCGGGUCGGAGUAGGAUGGCGCCUCCUCCGCCAUCGCCCCAGCUGCUUCUCCUGGCAGCCCUUGCACGGCUUCUGGAUCCCAGUAAGGUAAGGCGACCGGCUCCUGGAAAGGCUUCGCUCGGGAUCUCAAAGCGCUUUGCGGAAAGUUCGUCCUGGAAGGAGUGGCGCUCGGUGGUGGCUGGGCUGGCAGAGGAGGCGGGAGCCCGUUGUCCAGAGGGCUUGUGGCCUCUGCCCCCACAGGUGUCACCAAGAGUGACCUGCACACCGGUGAGCCCAGGGCAGGCAGAGAAUGUCACCUUCCUCUACCACCCCUGUGCCCACCCCUGGCUGAAGCUCCAGCUUGCCCUCUUGGCCCACAUUUGUGUGGCUAAGCCCUCACUCACCCCUGACUCCAACCUCACUCAGGAUCGGCCCUUGGCGCUGACAGCAUGGGGAGUGGCACUGGAGAUGGCAUGGGUAGAGCCAGCCUGGGCUGCCCACUGGCUAAAGAGGAGGAAGAGGCUGAAGCAGAGCGGGAUAAAAGCAUGGUUCCACUGUGACAGUCUUUCUGGGCUGUCUCCUUUGGUGCCAAGCCCAGGCAGAGGGCCACUGUGUCUGAAAGGGUGUACACAGGCUCUGGCAUUGGCUUUUGCUUUGCGGAGCUGGAGGCCCCCUGGCUCUGAGGUGUCAUCUAGAAGGCUCAGGCAGCUCUUUUCCAGUGGUGCCAAGAGGCGUGGGCUGCGGGCUGCCGUUGGUUUCCAGCCCACUCUUUUAGGCUUGAGGGUCCCCUCUGCUUCCCCCUGGAGCUUGAAGGCCAGGCAGUCCCCGUUGGGAGUCCUGCAUAAGGAGGGUAAUGCCCCAUAUGUGCCCACUGUGCCCUUGCUGCCUGCGGGUCCUGGAGGCAAUACCAGCCCCAGGACAGAGGCUCAGGUGCCCAGCAGGCAAGGCAGCCCAGGAGGGUGUGCCUGUCCAAAUCAGGGUUCCCCAGCCCCUCGUGCAGUUGCACCUUCACAGCCUGCCCGAGGCCCCACCCCACGCACGGAGGAGGCUGCGUGGGCUGCCAUGGCUCUGACUUUCCUGUUGGUGCUGCUCACCCUGGCCACGCUCUGCACGCGGCUGCACAGGAACUUCCGACGAGGGGAGAGCAUCUACUGGGGGCCCACAGGGGACAGCCAGGACACAGUGGCUGCUGUGCUGAAGCGGAGGCUGCUCAUGCCAGCGCGUCGGGUCAAGCGCUCCCGCCGGAGACCCCUUCUCCCACCCACGCCAGACAGCGGCCCCGACGACGAUAGCUCCGAGUGACCAGCCCCAGUCCGGCCCCCUGUGCCUGCCAGGCUCCUCCUCCGGUCGCCGGGCUGUGACCUCUGCCACGUGGCCCGCGCCCGCAGGCGCCCUCUCGCGGCGGACGGAGAACUCCCGCCCAAGCGUCCCGAGGCGUCCUUCCCUUUCACUGGCCUGGAGCGGGUGGCAAAGGGGAGAAAAAGGGAGCUGUUCUGCCUCCCUUGCCAAAACGCCCUGUAUUUCUUAUUAAAUUAUUUUAGUAGA